CUCUUUUUCAUUGUAUCCAUGAUAUUGUCUUACUGCCAAAACGCUUUUGAACAAUUUACAUUGUCUGUAUUACGUAAAGGAAAAGUGCCUCGCCAUGUAGGAUUUAUCUUGGAUGGCAAUAGACGAUUUGCUAGAAAGCUUGGUGCAAGUUCAACUAAGUUUGGGCACUAUGAAGGUUUUAAACAACUAGAAAAAGUACUUGAUUUAUGUAUGCAGUUGGGCAUAGAGGCAGUGACAGUCUACGCUUUCAGUUUAGAAAACUUCAAACGUUCCAAAGAUGAAGUUGACUAUUUGAUGCAAUUAUUCUGUGAUGCCUUUGAAGGGUUCUGCGAGAAAAAUGCCUUGAUUGACAAGUAUGAAAUUAGUGUACGCUUUUUGGGUAACAUAGACUUAUUGCCUCAGCAUGUUCAGGAUCUUACCAAGAAAGUGACUGAACAAACAAAAAAAAACAAAAAGCGUAUUUUCAACGUAUGUUGUCCCUAUACUUCACGCGAUGAAAUGACUACAGCUAUCAAGAACACAAUUGAAGAAGUGAAUCAAGGACACUUGCGAGCCGAGGACAUCACAGACAAAACAAUUCAAAAUCAUUUGUUUACUUCAGAUUGCCCUUCCAUGGAUAUCUUAGUAAGAACUUCAGGAGAAGUUCGUCUUAGCGACUUUAUGUUAUGGCAAGCCAGUGAUCAAUGUCAAAUCCAGUUUGUGGAUUGUUACUGGCCAGAAUUCUCUUUUUGGCGAUUUUUACCCAUCUUGUUAGAAUAUCAAAUCUAUUCAGAUCAUCAAAAACAAGAAUAUAUACUAUCCAAGCAGACUGAAUAAAUACCCUUUU